AUGCCUGCUCUUCAUAAAAAGGUUUUGGAGAGAAACCUCAACGCUAGUUGGAGAAUAUUCAAGGGUGAUUUGGUAGAAAUUUCAACCGGAAAGGAUAAAGGAAAAAGAGGAGUCAUUAAAAAGGUUUUACGUGAUUCCAAUAGAGUGGUAGUAGACGGAUGUAAUUUAGUGAAAAAGAACAUUAGAAGAACGGAAGAAAGAGCAGGUUAUUCCAUCAUGAAGGAAUCACCCGUGCAUUGUAGUAAUGUUUCUCUCAUUUGCCCCGAAACUGACAAGGCUACAAAGGUUGCUUGGCGUUUCCUUGAUGAUGGCUCCAAAGUUCGAAUGGCUAAAGAGUCGGGUGCCGUCAUUCCAAAACCUGAACCAAAGAAGAGACUCAAACGACCAAGUAAUCCAUAUAAAGAUACAGACUCUGCAGAAGUUGUUAAAGCUACAUGGACUGAUGCGGAACGAGAGCAAUUGAUAAAUUAUUAUCUCAUCAAAUUGGAACAACAAGAAGUACAUCGUCUUCAAAAACGAAGUGAGAAGGAAGAAAAGAAGCAAAUGCAAAAGGAAUUAGCUGAUAAAUUAUUCAAGAUGAGAGUAUUGCAGAGAGCUAAAGAAAUACUUGCUGAACAACAAGAGGAACCAUCAUCUUCAAGUUUCAACAUGUCGGAAGUGGAAGAAAAGACAAAGAACACUACAUUAUAA